UGUAGAUCGAGUGACGUCAGAGUUGCUUGGUUUCUGACAACAGUUUAUCGAGGAUCCGGAAAAGGAGUAAAUAUUCAUCAAAUUGUUAUAUUGGUCACGCACUAUGCCUGACUCAAAGGCUGCAGAGAAGGUAGCGGUGAAAGUGGUGGCAAGAUGUCGACCUUUCACAGAUACCGAGAAAGAGAAGGGUGCUUCACGAAUCAUCAAGAUGUCUGGAGACAAGACUACAUUGCAAAAUCCACAACAGGGCGGCACUGGAAAGGAAGCUGUAUUUGCGUUUGAUGCCAGCUACUUCUGGGAUACAAGAACAAGUUUGGUAUACAAAGAGCAAUGUGAACCCUUAUUGAAGAGAGCAAUGGAGGGCUACAACGUCACUAUCAUUGCGUUUGGACCUACAAAUAGCGGCAAGACCCAUCUCAUGUCUGGGCCUAUGGAGGAUCCAGGUCUUGUUCCAAUGAUCAACCGAAGUCUCUUCAAGCAGAUCAAAACCUCAAAAAAGCAGUUCCUUGUGACAGCAUCGUUUCUAGAGGUGAUGGAUGAAAGUAUGACUGAUUUACUCAACCCCCACACUGACGACAUGCAGAUCAGACAACACCCUCAGAUUGGAAUAUUUGUCGAUGGUCUGUCAGAGCUUGUCGUGAAGAGCGGUGAAGACCUGUCCAGGUACUACGACCAGGGUAGCAGAGCUAGGAAGAUGGGCGCUGCUGAUAUCAAGGCGCACAGAGCAAGGGCUCAUGGUAUCUUCACGAUCAAUAUCGAACAGAGAGAUGGAGAUGGUGGUCGGGGUCUGAGGAGUAAGAUCGUCCUAGCUGAUCUUGCUGGUUCAGAAAGUGUACAGAGUAAAGACAAAGGACUUGGUGCCUUGGGGGAUGUGAUCAGCGCCCUCGGUGAUCCUCGGAAGAAAGGGGGCCAUGUUCCUUACAGGGAUUCAAAGGUUACACGUUUACUGCAGGAUGCCCUUGGUGGGAACGCCCACACGCUGAUGUUCACGACCAUCUCCCCGUCCGAUACGUGCUACAACGAGACCCUGACCACCCUACAGUACGGGCAGUAUUGCAAAAAUAUUAUCAAUCACCCAGCAAUAAAUGUGGAUGACAGUGAACGACUGACCAAUCAACUUCGUGAGGAGAUCUCUCGUCUGCGGGAAAAGCUGACCGGUACUUCACUGACCGAAGCAGGAAGUAAGGAAGACGUGGCCAAACUGCAGGAUUUGAUAAAGGAUCUUCAGAUUGCAAAGCGUCAAGGAUGGGAGGAGAAGGAGAGACAGUCAACUCAGUAUGAAGAGGAGAGGAGAGAGAACCUCGCUAAGAAGGGUAUUCUACAGUGGGUAAUGGCAGAGAGUGUUCAUAGAGACAACAGAGAGAUGCAGGAAAGAAUCUUACUCAUGCAGAAAGAAAAAGAUCAGUUGCAACAUGAAUACAAGGACAAACGAUCUUUAGUGGAUAGACUGAAAGAGGAUCUCCAAGCUAAGAUUGUAGAUUACACCAAUAUGGCCGAAAGUGGUAAGGGAAGUGAGUCGGAGACAAAGGCAAGAGUGAAUGCCAUCCACGAGGUGAAGGAAAUGAUUAAGAAAGAGAGCGAGAAUCUGAAAGACGUCAAACAGAGACUCAAAGAACUUCAAGAAAGACAGAAGAGAGAGAAAGAGGAUAUGAGAAGCCAACAUGCUGACCUCCACCACAACUCAGAGCUGCGUCGCCUGGCUCGGGCCGAGGAGCGCAAGCGAAUGGAGGCGGAGCAUGCCCUCUCACUGGAGGAAGAACUUGAGAGAAUGCGAAUGGAGGUCGAUCACCAGAAGGCAGAGAUUCAGCUAAGAUCAGCCAACGGAGGAGCUGGGUACAGUCAGGAACAGGCCAUGCAGAUAGAGAUGAGUCUUGUGAAGGAGAGAGAGGAGCGUCGGGUGGUGACCAUGCAGCUCCAGGCCAUGGACGCAGAGAAGGCCCUCCUCAUCGCAGAACUCGACGAGGCUUAUCUCAAACACAAGGAGGAGAUGGAGAUCCAACAGCUUCAGCAUUUUCAGACAUUCCGUAACUACCGGGAGGCCUUUGAGGAGCAGAAGAUGGCCCUAGAGCAGCGAUACCGGACCCUGUUAGAAGAUGCCAUCCAGGAUGCAGUCUUUCUCUCCGCGAGAAACUCCGAACUGGAGCAAGAGAAUCAAGCUAUCAAACAAGAUGUCGCUGAGUUAAAGGACAAGGUUUCUAUGCUGGGAGGCAGUUCAAGGAGCAGGCCGUCUUCAGCUGCAAGCUUACGCUAGAUCCACAAUCCGUGGGAGCGAUCGACAUCCACAAACACAGAGGGCAGAAAAUGGACAGAGAGUUUCAUCAGUGGCCUGUUGCAGAAAGGUCUUGCAUUUGAAUGCAACCCAAAAAAAAAUCAAGCGCACCUACCCAACAUGCACAUUUUAUUGGAUGAAAAUCAAAAUGUGAUUGAUCGCCAUGCUUUCUGCAAAAGGGCCCAAACUGUGAAGUUUGCCGUCUCAUGUAUCAAUGAAUCAAUUCUUUUCUCUCUCUCUCUCUCUCUGAAAUUUUCCAUGGUAAAUGAAGUUUUUUCCUUCAGGGAAUUUUUUAGCGGUGGCUACUUUUCACAACCUUCUGCCUAAAUCCAUAACACUGGAUAAGCAGUGAGUAAUGAUUUUCCUGUGCUCUUUUGAGCCUUUCGGGGGCAAAUUCAUUUCUUUCCCCCUGCUCCGCCUAUUUUUCGAAUUAGAAAUUAUGAAUAGUAUUUUAUCCAGAAAGAAAAGUUCCUCUAUCUGAAUUGUGCUUACAGCACCAAAAUUAUCGUGGCAUAAUUGAUAAUUGAUAAACUUGAAAUGACAUGAUCAUUACUGAUGUGGGAAUUGUUUCAGAAGUAGACCAACAAAGGCGGGAAGAUAAAACCAAAAAUAUUUCCGCUCAAAACGUUAUGAAGAUCUACAUUGUAUUUCAGCAAAAUCUUAUAGUGCAAUUAACAUUCUACUGUUUUCUCAGUGCAGCAAUUUUGUUAGUUCGUGGAAAAAGAAGAGGUUUUUCAAGCAUUUGAUAAGUUGCAGACUUUUUCCACUUACACAUACACUUCAUAGAAAAUUGUUGGAUUUUAUAGUGAAUGUAUUUUGAGACGGAUAUAUCAGACAAAUUUAUAUGGAUUAAUACAGAUUGAGCCUUUCUAGUUGUGAUUUUAUUUAUUGCACUUAUCAGGAAAAGGAUAUAUUGACAAAAUUGUGGCAGUGUGCUCCAAAUAUUCUUAGAAUUUACCAAGUGAUAUCAACGUUCGAUGAUUUAUGCAAGAAUUAAUACCACCACCUUGAUCAGCAAAUCCUAAUAUCUCAUUGCAAUUCCGUCCUAUUUAUGAUUGUAUAAAACUUGAAUUAUGUGCAGCUAUUUUUAUGAAUAUUAUCAUAUAUUUUCUGGAAAAAGAAAUAUGUAAAUAUUUUCUUAAAUUUUGCUAUAUUUGCUGUGAGUUUCUUUUUUACCAAAAAAAAAAUCAAGAUCAAUCUUGAAUAUAUAUAUCUGUAUAUUUUGGAGAGUGAUUAAAAAUAUAUUUAUUCUUGUAGAUGAAUCACUUAUUGAAGUAAAUAUGUCAAGUAGAUUUCAUUUUAUAGAUGAUGCAUUACUGUAGAAUAACUAUGACCUAAUUAAAUAAUUAUGACCUCUCCUCAGUGUUGACCAACUCAAGUAGAUUAAGAUUUUUUCUUCUCACUUAGUAUAUUAUGGAGAUGAGUAAUACCAACAUCUUUCACCCCCCCCCCUGUCAUUCUUUGAAGAAUGAUCAACAUGUUGGAUGAUGAAUAAUUGAUAUAUAUAUAUUAUUUAUCUUAUAGUAAUCAUGGUUAGAAAUAUAAUGGCCCAAAUUUACGAAGAUGGAUUUGAAAACCCACGGUUGAGUCCAUGGUUUAUGUAGAUUUCCUGUAUAAAUUACUCUUAUUUUACUGCGUAUCUGGCGCGUGUAUAAUAAAAUAUCCAAUUCUGAUGCGCGCUUUUGUCACAGUGCACCAAUUUGAGGCCUGUUGCCCUGGUUAUCCACGCUAUUUUAUUCACGAGUCCACUCUUCCAAACAGUGGACUCGUUGAUAAAAUAGGGUAUAACCAUGUCAACAGGCGUCAAUUUGGCCCACUGUGAAAGAAGCGUGCAUCAGCAUUGGACAUUUUUUAAACAUGCGCCCGAAACGUUCUAAAUUAAGCGUAAUUUAUACAGGAAAUCUACAUAAACCAGGGAUUCAACCGUGGGUUUUCAAAACCACCUUAGUGAAUUCGGGCCUAUAUCAAAUGUAAUUUCUUUGAGUAUGUAUGUAGGUGUUCCAUUGUCUUUUUAUAUUAAAUUUAUUCAAUAUAA